UGGCGUGUGGUGUGGUGUCCGGUGUUUUUUAGUGGCUAAACUGGCUAAACCCGUUAAACCUCUGUCACCUCUGUCCUCAGCCGUCGCUGUCUGUCAUUCUCUGUACUGUUAGGCUGUUUGCUUUCGCAGUCUCUGACAUUCUCUCGCGAUGGCACCGAAGAAGAAAGGGCCCUUCUUCUUUCUCAUGAGAGAAAUUCAGAACACACUCAAGCAAGAAAACAAACCUUGCUCGAUGGAAGACGCUCGCGUCGAGGCGAGCCUCGUGUGGGAGAAUAUGACGGCUGAUGAACGCGCUGUGUACGAGAACAUGGCACGAGACUACAGGGAGCGGGGCCGAGGUUCCCUGUACAACAAGUUCACGUCUGAUGGCCGUCCCAUAGCGCUGGUUUUAAAGGAAGAGCAGGAUCGAAAGCAGAUGGUGGAGGACCUGGUGAACCAAGUCCACAGUUACGUGGAAGAGCGGGGCUCCCUGAACGACAUCAAGCGGUCCAACUUCUACCUCAUCUCGUUCAACAUCCUCUGCGAGGCAAACGGAGUUUACUUUCCUCUCGAACUUGGACUCGUCGAGUACUCCAUCGAACAGGGCUGCACGAACACCUUCCACCAGUUUAUAGACUCUGGUCCUAUUCCCCUGGGCUUUGCCAGCCUCGCCAAGGACCACAGUGACGACACCCACGGCAUCCCCAUCACGGGCUUCAAGGAGGGCAGUCGGGACUACCAGGGGAUAGUGAAAGAGAUGCUGUCUUUCCUGCGCCUGUCGCCCGACGACCAGAGCCUGCCGCCCUUCUUCUGCACCCCGGAUCACAUGGCCCAGGCUGAAGGGUGCCUCCGCUGGCUGGAAGAGCAGUCUUGCAUCCCGAUGGACUUCCCGGUGUGGAACGUGCAGACGCUGCUGCUGAAGCUGCGGAGCGUGGCAGGGGAGCCCAUCUCCAACGCGGAGGCUCAGGACAUCCUGAACUGCGCCGUCUUCGACUACGAGGUCAAGUCACUGUGUGCCUUCCAUGCCGAAAUUGACAACAAGAACUGUGCUAUUGGCGAAAGCAGGCGCCUGGCGUACAAGCUCUCCAACGCCCUUUUGAAGGCUUACAAGGUCGACAGGAGCAUCGAGUACAGGCACUUGCCUCCCAAGAACGAUCCAGACCUGCCUUUCGAGGUGUCUCAACUGAACUUGAAACCAUCACGCCUGGUCAACAGGCAGUACCACCCGUCCCCCAGCGUUGACCAGCUGUCUGCCUCCGUCUCUGCCGCGAGUCCUCUCCCCAGGGAAACGAGGCGCGUUGAAGACUACUAUGGAGAGCAGAAGGGGCCCGCUGUUGUACGUAAUAUUGGAAGCUACAAGACAACUUUGGUGGGCGGACAAGUGUGCUCCAUGGGAGAGGAGGACUUUCCCGCCCUGGGGGAUUCCAUGCAGACUCCUGCCUGUGGCAAGCCCAACAGGGUCAGCGACGCCGGGUGCAGGCCGAAAGGCGGCCCGACAAACGCUCCAGCGGCUGUGGGAGACUCCGACGGGCACCCCUCGAGGCCACCCCAGCAGCCCCGCCUGGCAGCGCAGUUCCUGGCGCCUUCCGGCCGCGCCCCAGGCCUGGGCAGGGGCACCGACCUGGGCGUGCCCGAGCAGGAGCAGCGGGGGGUCCAGAUGCCGCGCCUUCCCAGGACGCAGCCCAACGUGCAGCGGCCCAGGGAGCCCCCAUUGAGCCUCCUGGCAGGCAGGGGCGGUAUUGGAAGAGGAUCCAUGUAGGAGUCUUCUCUAGAGCUGCAAGCAACAGUCAAUAGAAGUUUUUAUUGAUGCUCUGCAUCUGAGCACUCUCAUCACAAGUCACACUCAUUCAUGUUUCAAGUUGUGUAUUUGAGAAACAGGUGUGCCAGUUUUUCAACCAUUUCAUCUAGAAAUUCCUGUGAUAUCAAGGAGUUGUUUUCAAAUGAGAUGAAUGUUAAAUAAAAUGACAUUUUUGAUCCCUUG